AUGCCAUCCACGAAGGCACUAGGCUCACAAAGACGAGUAACAAAUCAAUUCCACCUGAACAGAGAGAAGGCCUCCAAGAUGCAGUACAGAGAUUUCAGAGGACCCUCGAUUUCGUCGCGCAAGGACCGCAUGCAGGGCAUCAACGUCAAGAUAGAUGCACUGGAGGCAAUUGUGGUCAUGUCUCGUCUGAUUUUGUGUUAA